UCCAGGCUCCCUUUGUACAGGCUAACGCCACCAAUAUUUCAUAUGACGGCCACACAGUCUUCAGGGCCAACACUUGGCAAAACGUGGCACCAGGUGCGAUGCCGCAUUCGCUGAGUGUCACGGCCGUGGUCUCCGCCUUAACGGUGCAGAUCCACUUCAACGGUUCCACGUCGAGGCCUGUUCUGGAAUGCUUCGAUCUCUUCUCGAAUACCACUGCCAGCAAGCUUGGGGAUGAGCCUCGCUGCUCGUGGGCGACGGAUUCCGAUUCUCAACUGAUGGUGCAUUUGGGCAAACGAGCUCGGCUUCUCGCAGGCGACUGGAUCUCCUUUCAACCUGAAGCUGUUCAAGCUCUUGUCGACGGUGACAGCGGGACGCCAACCGAUACGCCCGAUGUCCUUCGGGCGGUCGCGCAGCGAAGUCCUGGAUCUGCCGCCGUGAAGGUCCAGGCGGUGCUCACGGCGCCGAGCGCCGUGAACGCACGGUGUUCGAUGCUUCGCUUCAGCACGGAGCUCUCGAGUGGAGCGGCGGGCCGCAGCAUGCUGCUGGAAUGGCGUUUGGGCAAUCAGACCACUGGUCUCAAUGUUGCGCAGUUGGAAGACUUGGAAGACAAACUGGACGCAGCAAGUCUCUCUUCAAGCACUGUUCUGGAGAUUGACCCCUCAGCGCAGGCUAUCGAGGGCAACGCACAGAUUGAAAUCGAGGUGCGGAUGACCAACUGGCAGAAUUAUUCUAGCACUGCACAUGCACUGGCUCAAGUUUCGGCUGACUCGCUGAGCCCGCCCUUGAUUCCGGCCACCGUGCAAGAGAUGGUUCUGGAUCCUGCGAAACCCUUGGAGCUUGCCGUGAAGGUGCAAGAGAAUGGAUGUGUUGAAGGUGCGGUGGAGAUCCAAUGGAGCGCUUUGACGAGACACCCUGGCGCUGACCAAGACCCCAGUCAAGCUGGUCUACGACUGCGUGAAUACACCUUUGGCAGUGGAACUCUGCAUGGCUUCAGAGCAUCGGCCUUCUACAAGGCUUCUCCGGCCCACUCACGGCACUUAGACUUUAUCGUGGCCGUCCCGGAGCCACCCAGGCUGGUGCCGGUAAUUUCUGGCCCGACGACCGUCUCACGAAGCUGCAACUUUACGCUGAGAAGUCGGUCAUUCGAUGAACAGAUACCUCCAUCGGAGCGCGCGCUGACACGGUUUGGCUACAAGUGGACGUGCGAUUCAGAGCAUUUGCCCUGUGAUUUGCAGUCAAAGGCUUCAACCUUAAGCGUACAAGGUGGUGAUGUUGAAGCUGGCAUUUACAAGAUAACGCUUCAUGUUUGGAGAGAAUGGGAAGACAUGAGCAAGGCUGCCUCGACUACUUCCACAAUUCGUGUCCUCCCGCAUCAAGUUCCCACAGUGACGUUGGAGACAUCGUGGAUAGAUGGCCAAAUGUUGUCCCAAGUGACAGGGAGUGUGAAUGCCACAGCAGUGCUCGAUCCCCAAUGUGACCGCGGCGAAGACAUCCACUGGCAAUGGGUGCUGCUGGAUGGAGCCAACUGGACUCUACUGAGAUAUCUCAAGUCCGAGCCGCGGGAACUGAAUGAAAGCAUCACCACUCUCGACUUCCCCAGCUACUCCCUGGAGAAAGCAGGCGUCUACUACUUUGCUUUGUCCACUGUUCCAGAGCAGCGACUGGCGCUUGGGCAAGUCGUUGAUAUCGUUGAUGAUCGAAUGAUUGCCAUCUCACCGAGCUUCCGUGUGGAUGGGCCACCAGAGCUGGGAGUGGUGGAGGUGAAUCCGCCCGCGGGUGAGGCAGUCACGACCUCGUUCACGAUCACCACCCAUUCUUGGCAAGACGAAGAAGAAGAACGACUCGAGUACAGUUUUUAUGCUCUGAACGCCUCGAAGGCUGGAGACGAAGAACCGACGGUCUGCCGUAAACACACUUCCUUCAUGGAAUCAGUCAGCAUCUUUUUUGGUACGUCAUCUUCCAAGGAUCCUCAGGAGCUGGACUUCAGCAACACCUUCAACGAGAGCUACUUCUCCAAACACGGUGGGAUCCUUCUUCGCAGCUGGGGGAAGUCCAAGACGGUGUCUGACAUUCGGAUGCCUCCGGGCAACUUCUCCCUUUUGGCUCGUGCUCGAGAUCACCUCGGAGCAGAGGCCUGGUCAUCUAUUUCUCUGAAUUGGAGCAUUGCUGAGAUAGAUGACCAAUUUGCUGCCGCGGCACAGGUUCUGCAGGCUUCGAUGUCCACAGUGAAUGGACAGCAAAUGCUCAACACCGUGAACGCGAUUUACAAGAGCAAUGCCACCCAAAGCCUGAGCCACUUACUCCUGGCUCUAAAGGUGGCAGCUCAGAAUGUUGAUGCCACAGUGGAGAUUCUGCGAGAAUUGAGUUGGGUGACAAGUGCACUGGUCACAGAUGACGCUGCGGACGAAGUGAACCUUUUAGAAGCCAGCGAUCUACUGAGCAAGUAUAUUGAGCUUAGUCUUGCGCCUAACACCAACCCAGCUGGCGAAGAGACCCUUGCAACAAUUCUAAGAGCCAUCAGUUCGGUGAAUCAGGCGCGCAGCCGCUUGGGCCUCAGCGAAGCAUCGAACGUGUCCCAAGACGUGAGCCACCGAGUCUCCGAAUUGGGACUUGCCAUGCUGAAAGUGCCAGACCAGUCGGUGCAGGCGCGUGAAGGCUGGACGGUGAAUGCAGAUGACAUCACUUUGGAGGUGAUUCCAUCCUCCGGACGAAGGGUCUCCACUUUCUUCCAUGACUCGUAUCCUUUCACCAUUGAAGAUCCGAGCUCUGAGAAGCUUGAUGCGCGCUCUGGGUUGGUGAAAGUCCUUGAGAUUGGCACAGAAGGCAGCUUCCUGGAUUCGGUUUGGAUUACUUUUCAGGUGGAGGACAAGCCGGGGAUGAACGCAAUUUGUAUGCGGACCGGUCUUGGCGCGAACCAGCGAUGGGAAGCUAGCACGACGGUCGUCGAGAAGUCUGAGGUGUCGGGGAGUCCGACAGUGGCCUGUCAUGUUGAAGCCUUCCAAUCCCCUGAAUGUUUCAGCCUGGCCUGGAGGAACAUUGAUGAUGAAGCUGCAUCGAACCUGUGGAUGUGCUCCUUGAUUUCGACCCUGGUGACACUGAUUCUGGUGCCGGCAGCGUGCGGUCUCUUUGAGUUUGAGACGCGCGAGAAGUUUCGAAGCAGGGAGCCUGUCCGGCUCCAUGUCCGGACAGGCACCUCCCUGUAUUUACCAGGAACAUUGUGGAAGAGCGAGUUCUCUGCAAUCGCAGGAAGUGAACCGGCAGUCGAGGAUGUGGCACCAGAUGAGGCACUAGAUGAAGUGCAAGAGCCUGUUCUCGACCUCGACAAACUCAUGGGCUUCCAGGUCCGAGUUGACCGGAAUGCCAUUAAGAUGAUUGAUUGCUUGGUUUCCUUUUGGAUGACACAAGCCUGAUCAGGAUGUGCCGUGCGAGCAACGAGAUAGGGCACUAGAUGAAGUGCAAGAGCCUGUUCUCGACCUUGACGAACUCUUGGGCUUCCAGGCAGAAGUCCCUGAUGACCGGCCUGAAGUGCAACAAAAGCAGGAGGAAGAGGAAGAAGAAGAAUUGUAUCUAGUCUAGGUCCGUUAUGGUCAUUUGGCCAGAUGAUGGUAUCUCGGUAUCUCUGCUUGUUUGGGAAGGCGAUGUACCCCAAGUAGUGGUUGAUGGGGUGGCGAGCUCGAACUUGGCAUGAAUGGGGGAAGCAAGCAGCUCGGCCAGUUGCAAGGGGUUACAUCGGGAUGUCCUGCUUCACCGUGGUCAUUCUGCUGGUCACUCGUGACUCAGCUGCUUGUGACGUGUCACAUCGCCUCAAGGGCCGUCCGUGACUGCCGAGUGUGGCGGGUUCCGAAAAA